AUGGGUAGAUUGUACACCUUCACAAAUAAUUCGGUUAAGAUCGGCACCUUACAGGGGGUUCUAGGCGAGAAAAUGAGGUUUCUGCAAACAUACUUAUCAGAAAUAGACACAAGACUAAGCUAUUGGACCGAGGUUGAGAAGAUUGGCAGCAUAGAUGAUUUGCAGCAACUAGAAAAUUCAGUAAGACAGUCUUUGUAUCAAAUCCGUGCUCAUAAGAACAUGCUGCAACAUCAGCAGCUUAUGUCCAGUGAAUGCAACAAUCAGAUACAGAGUGAAAUAGAUGUAGAUUUUGGAAUGGAUAAUGAGCAACAGCUUGAGAAUUUCUCAUGGGUUACAGAUGAAAACAUGAAUGUUCCUCUAAAACAAGAAGACCCAAAUAUGCAGUUUUAUCAUACUUACAGGGACAUAACUUGCUCAGCAAGUUCAUCUCUUGAAAGUUACUCAGGAAUCUUUGGUAAAAGCUCAAAUAUCAAAAACAGAAGUCCCGCAGAUUACUACGUUAGCCAGAUCUUGGAAGCAUCUUAUAGGCCUCAGUUUGGAGGAAACUUGGCUUCUUCUGAGACGCUAACGGCUAACUUAUCACUGAACUUAGCUCUACCAAAGCUCAGGUUCAAACAUCAUCUCAAACUCCCGUCAAAACAAGACUUACUCAAGAAGAAAAGGGAAAAGCUAAGAUGUAUGAAGAAGACUUACCUUGUGCUGUUCUCCAGUCGAAGUGUGACAGCUCAGACUCAAGUGAUCAACGGUCACAAAGAGUUAGUCAAAAAGCUUGACGACAAAACACUACUCAAGACUGGUACGGAUAGAGCGUUUUAUCUAAAGCUGUCCAAUGCAUUCUCAGCCCUCGAUUGUGAAGCUGAUACUGGAUGA